AUGACAGUGGUGCCCGGAGAGAACCUGGACGAGACUGUGGCACUGGCCGCGCUGUCAGCCCAGGAUGUGUACGACCCGGAGAGAGCCGAGAACCAGGAGUGCUGCGAGCGGGUGGUCAUCAACAUCUCCGGGCUGCGCUUCGAGACGCAGCUGAAGACGCUCGCCCAGUUCCCCCGCACCCUGCUGGGGGACCCGCGCAAGAGGAUGCGCUUCUUCGACCCGCUGAGGAACGAGUACUUCUUCGACAGGAACCGACCCAGCUUCGAUGCCAUCCUCUACUACUACCAGUCCGGGGGCCGGCUCCGGAGACCCGUCAACGUGCCGGUGGACAUUUUCAUGGAGGAGAUUAAAUUUUACGAACUCGGGGAGGAGGUGAUUGAGAAUUUUAAGGAGGACGAGGGGUUUAUUAAGGAGGAAGAGCGGCCGCUGCCCGACAACGAGUUCCAGCGGCAGGUCUGGCUCCUGUUCGAGUACCCGGAGAGCUCCGGACCCGCCAGGGGGAUCGCGAUAGUCUCCGUGCUGGUUAUCCUCAUCUCCAUCGUGAUUUUCUGCUUGGAGACUUUGCCCGAGUUCCGGGAGGAAGCCAGGACGUUCGACGAGCAGCUGGUGGUGAACGGCACCGCGCCCGCCAAGAAGCCGAACCCCUUCACGGACCCCUUCUUCAUCGUGGAGACGCUCUGCAUCAUCUGGUUCUCCUUCGAGCUGCUCGUGCGGUUCCUCGCCUGCCCGAGCAAGCCCGCGUUCUUCAAGAACAUCAUGAACACCAUCGACAUCGUGGCCAUCAUGCCCUACUUCAUCACGCUGGGGCUGGAGCUAGCGGAGCACCAGGGGAACGGCCAGCAGGCCAUGUCGCUGGCCAUCCUCAGGGUCAUCCGCCUGGUCCGGGUCUUCCGGAUCUUCAAACUGUCCAGACACUCCAAGGGGCUCCAGAUCCUCGGGAAGACCCUGCAGGCCAGCAUGAGGGAGCUGGGACUGCUCAUCUUCUUCCUCUUCAUCGGGGUCAUCCUCUUCUCCAGCGCGGUGUACUUCGCGGAGACCGACGACCCGCACUCGGGUUUCAGCAGCAUCCCGGACGCCUUCUGGUGGGCGGUGGUGUCCAUGACAACGGUGGGCUACGGCGACAUGUGUCCGGUCACCAUCGGGGGGAAGAUCGUGGGCUCCCUGUGCGCCAUCGCCGGCGUGCUCACCAUCGCGCUGCCGGUGCCGGUCAUCGUCUCCAACUUCAACUACUUCUACCACCGGGAGACGGAGCACGAGGAGCAGCUCCAGUACACGCACGUGACCUGCGGCCAGCAGCAGCCGCAGUUCGGAGAGUUCAAGAAGAGCGACAGCAAGCCGUCCCUGUCCAAGUCCGACUACCUGGACAGCGAGGACGCGGACUCCAUCAAAUACACCAACUGCAGCCCGCACAAAGCCUACACCGGGAAGCUGACCGACGUGUGAUUCGGAUCCGGGAUUAGGCGUCAGUGCCGCGCAGAGGGAACCUCUCAGUGCCAUUCCCAACCCCCCGCGCUCUGGUUUGAGUUUAGACCGGCGAGCUUCUUAUUUCUGCCAUCACCGGGAAUCAUUUAACCCACCACGGUGGACGGAUUAUGAGAGAACUCCCAUUGAUCCCCCCGAAUCAGUCUUCCAUUACGCGCGUCUUGAGUUGGGGAGGGGAAGAAAAAAAAAAAGCUUAGAAAUGAUCAGCCUAUAGCCAAUUGUAGCACUUUAUGAUUUCUAUUGUCUCUCUUAGUACAACAUGUAAUUUAUUGCCCUUAUGAUGCAGGUUUAAAGUUUACAUUUGCUUUUAUGUCUAUCUGCAGCAGAGACACAGCGCAGGACCAA